AUUUGUAACAUAAAUGAAAUACAUUCCUAAAUUCUUCUAUUAAGUUUAGGGAUAGUUUCAAACAAUUCUUUUAACUUUUUUAUCAAAAGAUUCUCAUAUUUUUAGGAAAAGUUAAAACCACUUCAGCUAAUCAAUAUUCAAUGUAUUUCGAGACGAAACUAAUAAUUUAUUUCAAUAAUCUUCAUAGCUUUCUUAGCCCAGUUCCCACCAGUUUUUCCUUGUUUUGAAUUUGAUUAAUAUUUCUUGAAAUUCUUUUUAACUCUUUGAAUCUGUUGAAAAAACAAAUUGCAAAAUUGUAUUAAUUAUUCGAAUGGAUCAUCAAAACUCGCAAUCGUUUGCGUCUCAGUCACAUUUCUAUGUAUCAUUUCUCCAAGACAGCUUGAAAUCGAAAGUCCCAUUUCCCAUAAAGUUAAUCCAUGGCCGUAUAAUCAAAUCAGGCAUCCAUUUAAGUGUUUUCCUUAUGAAUAAUCUCAUAAAUGGGUAUGCGAAAACCGGGUUUUUAUCCUAUGCUCGUAAAGUGUUUGAUGUAAUGCCUGUGAGAGAUUCUUCUUCUUGGAAUACACUUUUAUCUGGUUAUUCAAAAGGGGGUUUAAUUAAUGAAGCACAUUCAAUUUUUAGGGAAAUGCCUUACCAGGAUUCGGUGUCGUGGACUACUAUGAUUGCUGGGUGCAAUUUUGUUGGUAGUUUUCAGGUUGCAAUUCAGAUGUUUCUUGAGAUGGUUAGUGUAUCUGAUGUUUCGCCAACACAGUACACAUUUACGAGUGUUCUUGCGUCGUGUGCUGAGAUUAGAGCGUUAAACGAGGGACGGAGAGUUCACUCCUUUGUUGUUAAAUUUGGGUUGAGUAGUUAUGUUUCUGUAGCAAAUUCUAUGUUGAAUAUGUAUGCUAAGUCAGGGGAUAGAAAUGCAGCUCAAAUGGUAUUUGAUGGGAUAGUAGUGAAGAACACGUCGAGUUGGAAUACAUUGAUCUCGUUGUAUAUGCAAACUGGUCAGGUGGAUUUAGCGUUGGAACAAUUCGAGCAAAUGAAUGAGCAUGACAUAGUUUCGUGGAACUCAAUGAUUACGGGCUAUAAUCAGCACGGCUUUGACGUUCUAGCUCUUAGUAUGUUCUCUAAAAUGCUUAAAGAAUCGUUGCUGGAGCCUGAUAGAUAUACUUUAGCAAGUGCUUUAUCAGCUUGUGCUAAUCUUGGAGAAUUAAAUGUAGGAAAACAAAUACAUGCUCAUCUCAUCAGAACUGAAUUCGACACAUCAGGAGCUGUUGGAAAUUCUUUGAUUUGCAUGUAUUCCCGGAGCGGUGGCGUAGACAUUGCUAGAAGAAUUUUAGAGAAAAGUAGAGAGUCCAAUCUAAAUGUAAUUGCGUUUACAUCACUACUGGAUGGGUACAUAAAGCUUGGUGAUAUAAGUCCAGCAAGGAAGCUUUUUGACUCAUUGAAGGACCGUGAUGUUGUCGUUUGGACAGCCAUGAUUGUUGGUUAUGUUCAAAAUGGCUUUAAUGAUGAUGCGAUGGAACUCUUUAGGUUAAUGGUUAAAGAAGGGCCAGACCCAAAUAAUUAUACUCUAGCAGCAAUGUUAAGUGUAUGUUCAAGCGUGGCAUCGUUAAAUCAUGGUAAGCAAAUACACUCAGCAGCCAUUAAGGCAGGGGAAGCAUUAUCAGUUUCUGUUAGCAAUGCCCUGGUAACUAUGUAUGCCAAGGCUGGAAAUAUCAGCUGCGCAAGGAGAGUAUUUGAUUUGAUACACCUGAACAGAGACACAGUCUCUUGGACUUCGAUGAUCUUGGCUUUAGCUCAGCAUGGACUUGGAGCUGAAGCCUUACAAUUGUUUGAGAAUAUGCUUGCACUUGGGAUGAAGCCUGAUCAUAUAACGUAUGUUGGUGUUCUUAAUGCUUGCACACAUGUCGGAUUGGUUGCUCAAGGCCGUAAUUAUUACAAAAUGAUGAAAGAGAUUCAUGGAAUUGAACCGACGUCAAGCCAUUGUGCUUGCAUGAUUGACCUGUUUGGUCGUGCUGGAUUGCUAGAAGAAGCACAAGACUUCAUAGAAAAUAUGCCAAUCGAACCAGAUGUGAUUGCAUGGGGUUCGCUUUUAGCAUCUUGUAGAGUUCACAAAAAAAUGGAGCUAGCAAAAGUUGCAGCUGACAGAUUGCUUUCAAUUGAUCCGGAAAACAGUGGGGCCUACUCAGCACUUGCUAAUGUGUAUUCUGCUUGUGGAAAAUGGGCGGAAGCUGCUAAGAUCAGAAAAUCAAUGAAGGAUAAACAGGUCAAGAAAGAACAAGGAUUUAGCUGGAUUCAAAUAAAAAACGUAGUCCACGUCUUUGGUGUAGAAGACGGGCUUCAUCCGCAGAGAGAUGCUAUUUACAAGACAAUGGAAAAAAUCUGGAAAGAUAUCAAAAAGAUGGGAUUCAUUCCUGACACCGAGUCGGUGCUUCAUGAUCUUGAUUACGAGGUGAAAGAGCAGAUUCUUAGACAUCAUAGUGAGAAGCUUGCAAUUGCAUUUGGGUUAAUAAAUACCCCGGAGAACACUACUUUAAGGAUCAUGAAGAACCUUCGAGUAUGUAAUGAUUGUCACUCAGCAAUCAAAUUUAUCUCCAAGCUUGUAGGAAGAGAAAUCAUUCUGAGGGAUGCCACUCGUUUUCACCAUUUCAAAGGAGGUUUCUGCUCAUGUCAUGACUAUUGGUAGGUCAUGAACCAAAUUUUAUCUAAAAUUCCACAUCAGAGCAUCUCUGGAGAAAAUUCCGAAGGAGGUUCGAGAAAUUCAUACAUAAAGGUAAACAUAACUACGAAGUAUGACUUCACUGAUGGUAGUGCUGUAUAACUUUGUCAUCCUGUCAGUAGCUCCUCAGAGAGGCUUUGUGGUAUACAACAACAAUAACAAAAUACACAGUGGAUCUGGUAACGGUAGAGUGUACGCAGACCUUACCCCUGCCUUGGUAGGUAGAGAGUCUAUUUCAGAUCAGAGUGGCUUUGCGGAUUCCACACGACUAAUCUCUUGGAUGAACUAUGGUCUCUCCUUCAUCUCUCAGUACACCAAGUCAGGUAAGUAUACAUACAUUUCUUGGUCAACUGUCACGGCAAUCAAGAUUGUUGUCAUCUGAUAUUGUCCAUUGCAGAUGUAGAAUACAUGAUUUCCCUUUGCUGUUGCUCUAGUUUGUGAUGCAGAAGGUAGAACCGGUCAUCAUUCUCAGAUGACUCUACUGACAUUUAUCUAAUAAAUAUCAUUCUCAAUAGCUGAUUGAUAUUUUCAUGCAUCGACAAAAGUGAUUCAAAUUUUGGAAUAAGAAAUCAAUGUAAAACAUUUUAUCUGUAUUACUAACAGUUAUAAUCAUAGGGAAGUGGAUGGUGAACCAAAAGUGUAGACGAGGUUUGAGGAAACUUGAUUCACACUUGUAACUACUUUGCAUGUACGAUGAUAGUGCAGUUGCUCGUGUUGCCUUUAGCAUAAGGUCAAGAUAUCAACAUAUCUGCAUCUUAUAUCAAUACUACUACAACAACAACGAACAUAGUGUAAUCCGAAUUGGGAAUCUAGGGAGGAUAGAGUGUAUGCAGACCUUACACCUACCUCGUGGAGGGGCGAGCUGAUUGUGUAACAAAAUGGAGAGAACUAGUGUAUGACGACAAUAAUGCUGAAAUGCAGGGACAGUUUAUUCUGCAUUCUUCGAGUUGUCUUUGUUGUUUAAUAGUGAAUCAGUACUAUCAUAACCAGAAAAAACAGUACAAACUUAGCAAUUUUAAACAUUUUGUUGAGCUGGUAACUGAUAUACCAGUUAUAAAUUCAAGAAAUGAACCACAAAUGGUGGUUUGAUGUUUUUUCCUUCUUGUUUAA